AUGUUAAAACAUAGGAAAAUGUGUGUCUCAUUUUAUGCAUUACUUUUAAUUUUCUCUCUCUUUUCUCAAGGUUUCUUACUUUCUGUUUCAAAGUCUAUGCGAAAAGCAGAAGAUGAUAUGCUGCUAAGCACAUUCAGUCUUGGAAAAGUAAUACAGAAUGGGAGGAAAGCUGAAAAGUCACGGCCUCCAUCUUCUUUGGAGCAUUAUAAAAUAGAGGACAGAAGUUUUCUGGAAGAAGAUGGCACCCCAAAAUUCUCUAAUAUAGGUUCUAAACACCUUGUCAUAAGCCAUGGUCAGCCACUGAAUGUGGACUUUAAGCAGCUUCCUUAUUUUGCACUGGAAGGACCUAUGGCUUUUCCAGCUGAUGCUGAAGUUGAAAGUGUUGAAUCACUACAAGAAAGGAGAGAAACUGGAGAGGAGGAGAACUCAGCUAAGUUACCUAUUGGAAGAAGAGAUUUUGAUAUGCUCAGGUGCAUGCUUGGAAGAGUCUAUCGUCCUUGUUGGCAAGUCUAA